GCAUUCCACCUUUAGUCCUCAGACUGGACAACAAGGGAAGGUGGGGAGGCAGAGAGAGGGAGAGGUCGCGAAGAGGAGAAGAAGAGAGACGAUGGCGUCGGGGUGGGGGAUAACGGGGAACAAGGGGCGGUGCUACGACUUCUGGAUGGACUUCAGCGAGUGCAUGUCGCGUUGCCGAGAGCCCAAGGACUGCUCCCUCCUCCGCGAGGACUACCUCGAGUGCCUCCACCACGCCAAAGAGUUCCAACGGAGAAACAGAAUUUAUAAAGAGGAGCAACGUCAAAUCAGAGCAGCUGCAAGAAGGGCCAAGGAGGAAACUGAAGAAGGUGGUGCAGGCACUCAUCAUUAGCAGUCAUUGCAAGUAUUGACUACCAAGCUGAGGACUAAAUCUUGAGCAAUACUUUGUGUUUUAACAUGAAAUGAUUUUGUGCAACACUAUUGCAUGAUUUCAUUUCAGGAUUCGUGUCAUAUGCUUGGCCGAUGCAAAGGCCAAGGUAAUAAUCAUAAUAACCUGAAUGAGGAUAUCAUUUUGUUUAAACUUUGGUCUGAUUUUCAGUGAGGAUUAAGAAAAAAUUUCUUUGACAUGCUGAACGUUACAAUGAUAUAUGGUCGCAUGUCUUGCCAGGUUUUCAAAUUGUGAGGUAUAUAUUGAUGA